AUGGGCGCGCUCGUUCAAGCGACGAUGAAGGAGAGGCUGAUCCCAGCAGUUGUCGCUAGCUCAAAGGACACAACUGUCGUGGAGGCUCUUACCACUGAGACUUGCAGCUCCUCGUCCUUCCGCUACGGGACAUUUGACUGCGCCGUCCUGUCUUUCAAGGGUGUCCGUCGUGAUGGACAGGAGAUCAUGGUAAAGCUCCAUGAUGGUGAUGCUGUAGACCAGCUGCUCGAAGACGUCCUAAUCACACUACUAGAGAUUGCGCUUGUUCCAGCGGGCAAGUAUGUUGAGAUGACCUACUGGCCUGUCGAUUCGUUGUCCAACGCAUGGCUCCGGAUAAUGCCUAAAGAGCCCAAGUCAUCGAGUCAUUACAAAUCGGCGGUGGAUGACUCUACAGACUUCGUGGACGGUAUCAUGUUCGAGUGGUUCUUGGGUGUUGUCGUCACCGGGCGAAUCACGUCCGCAGUAGAUCAUAUCCGCAGCGGCUUGAAGGACGGCGACACAUUCGUGCAACAUGCCGAGUCUAUUGGUAGCAAACUGCAGGGCACACUUGAUACCCACGUUGAGACGAGAAAGUUCUUGCAGCAGCAAAACAAGCCAGACGAGAUUCAUGAAAACGAGGACGAAAACGGUCGUGAGUCAGUGGAGAUCACAGCUAGCAAGGAUGAGGACGAGAAACCUACCAAGAAACAACGACUUCAUAGCGGGCUGGAAAAGGGUGUUGCAAGCAGUGGCCGUCUAACGGAGAAGCCCGUCCUUAACCACAGAAUCCUUCCAGAAAACGAAUUUAUUCUUCUCAGUGAGAAAACGAACCAGAAUGGCGAUGAUAUUGUCAAUCUCCGCCAUCAGGUGAGGGAUGUAGUGGAAACACUUCUCAAGUACAAAUUCGAUGGGGCAGCCGAUAGAUUGGUUCGGGAACAGAUUAUUGAUCAACAGAAGUGGCUGAUUGAACAACACAAGUGGCUGAUUGGUCAACAGCAGCAGCUGAUUGCUCAAAAGGAGCAGGAGCUUAUCGCUCUGAAGAGCAGAGAUGUAAUCCCUACAGCUGGAGAUAGACAGUAG